GGAGGAGGGGGCUGCGGGCCAUUCAUUCCGCUCCCCGCAGGUGCAUCUGCAGGAGCCUGGGACGAGCCAUGCGUGGGCGCCAUUGACACCAUGAUGUCCAUCAGGCAGAGAAAAGGAGUCCGAGCCGCAGACUCGUCGGGGGACGGCGCAGCCCAGCAGGAGGACGGGGCACCGGAACCGAAGCUGCCCUCCGAAGGUGGUACCAGUAGAAGGUUAUGGAAGAUUCUGUCAUUUACAGUCGGCGGAGCCGUCGCCCUCUGUGCUGGACUCCUGACGUCCGUCUACCUGGCCACCUUACAUGAGAAUGACCUGUGGUUUUCCAACAUAAAGGAGGUGGAGCGGGAGAUCUCCUUCCGGACGGAGUGCGGGCUGUACUACUCCUACUACAAGCAGAUGCUGCAGGCGCCCAGCCUCGCGCACGGUUUUCAUGGCUUAAUGUACGAUAACAAAACAGAAUCUAUGCGGACCAUUAACCUCCUUCAGCGAAUGAACAUUUACCAGGAGGUCUUCCUCAGUGUUUUAUACCGAGUUCUGCCCAUACAGAAGUACCUCGAGCCCGUUUACUUCUACAUCUACACCUUGUUCGGGCUCCAGGCGGUCUACGUGGCGGCUCUGUACGCCACCAGCUGGCUCCUGAGCGGCACGUGGCUGGCGGGGCUCUUGGCGGCUUUCUGGUACGUCACCAACAGGACAGACACCACCCGGGUGGAGUUCACCAUCCCGCUGCGGGAGAACUGGGCGCUGCCCUUCUUUGCGGUCCAGGUCGCAGCCAUCACGUAUUUCCUGAGGCCAAACCUGCGUCCCGUGUCCGAGCGGCUGGCCCUGCUCGCCAUCUUCACGUCGACGUUUGUCUUCAGCCUGACCUGGCAGUUUAAUCAGUUCACGAUGCUGGUGCAGGCGCUGGGGCUGUUCGCGCUGGACUCCCUGGGCAUGCUGCCGGCCGCCAAGGCGACCUGGCUGUACUCCAUCCAGCUCACAGCUCUGCUCCUGGUCUGUGCCCUGCAGUUUUUCAAUUCCAUGAUUCUUGGAUCUUUGCUGAUCAGUUUUAACCUCUCAGUAUUAAUUGCAAGAAAACUUCAGAAAAAUCUGAAAACUGGAAACUUCCUUAAUAGGCUUGGGAAACUCUUGUUACAUCUACUUGUGGUUUUAUGUUUGACGCUUUUUCUCAACAACAUGAUUAAGAGAAUGCUGAGCCUGAGGUCAGAUGAGCACAUAUUUAAAUUUCUGAAGGCCAAGUUUGGAUUUGGAGCAACGAGAGACUUCGACGCGAACCUGUACCUGUGUGAGGAAGCGUUCGGCCUGCUGCCCUGGGACACCUUCGGGCGGCUCUCGGACACCCUGCUGCUCCACGCCUACGUGCUCGUCCUGGGCGUCACCGCGACCAUGGCACUGGCUGCCGCUCUCCAUCACCUCAGCGACUCUCCCGCCCAGGGUCACGCGGGAAGGUGCGCGGUCAGCCUGGGGCCCGACACCGCCUACAACUUAACCCACACCAUCGCGUUCGGAGCCUUGGCGCUGAGCACAAUGAGAAUGAAGUACCUGUGGACGCCGCACGUGUGCGUGUUUGCCGCUUCUGGCCUGUGCAGCCCUGAAGUGUGGGGGUCGCUUCUGAAGGUCGCCCGCCUUUACACCCCAGCAAGGGUGUGUGUGGUGCGGCACGCAGUCCCCCUGCUGACGCUGCUCUGUCUGGGCUGCAAGUUCUGGCCGGGAGUGAUGGACGAGCUGUCGGAGUUGAGGGAAUUCUACGACCCCGACACCGUGGAGCUGAUGCACUGGAUUAACUCCAACACCCCGCGGACGGCCGUGUUCGCGGGCAGCAUGCAGCUGCUGGCCGGGGUCAAGCUGUGCACGGGCAGGACGCUCACCAACCACCCGCACUACGAGGACAUGAUGGACGGCCCGGGAGAGAACGAGGCGGGUUUGCAGCCGGCAGGCCACCCCCGCUUCUGCGAGGAGAUCCGGAGGGGCCUGCCGGCCUACGCGGCGCUCUUCACCCGCGUGUUUCAGAACAAGACCUUCCACGUCUACCGGCUCCAGAAGCACGUGGCCGGGCCUCCCGCUGCGUCUCCGUCAGGACAGGCUCGAUAG